AUGGCUGAACCUGAGCGUCCUAUCGACAUUUUGGCUAUUUGCGACGAAUGGAAGCCCUCGAAGGGUGGUUUGUCGGCAUUUAACAGAGAAUUGCUUAUAAAUUUGGCAAGGGAAUCACGGGGAAAAGUCAGUGUACAUUGUUACGUGUCCAACAGCGAUGAAGCAGACAGAGAAGACGCGAAGAAGAAUGGUGUAAACUUAGUGACAGCACAGAAGAUACCUGGUACGGCAAACCCUCACGAAAGGUUGAAGUUUCCACCGCCAGAAAUACCCAAUGUUGAUGUAGUGAUUGGGCAUGGGAGGAAGUUUGGCUUGCCGGCUUAUUUUAUGAAGAAGUUUAUACCCUGCAAACUGUUGCAGUUUGUGCACGUAUAUUGUCCCGAUCUAGGAAAAUAUAAGACGUCAAAAGGCACCGCUAAUUGUCUACGACCUGAUACAAUCGAUGAAAACGAAGGAAAGCACGCAGAUGAAAUAGAACUUUGUGAAGUAGCCGAUGAAGUGGUAGCAGUAGGGCCCGCGCUGCAGCAGAAGUAUCAGAGAGAUCUCUCGGAUAUCGAUGUCCACGUAUUUACCCCGUGCAUUUCUCCGAGCUUUUUGCUGAAUCAACCUCCCCGAUGGCAGGUACAUGGGGCAGAAGGGUUGAAGGAUUUCAUAUGUCUGGUUUGUGGUCGAGCAGACUUUGAGGAUCGCGAACUCAAAGGCUACGACGUUAUCGCAGACGCGAUAGGCUCUCUUGGAAAGAAUUAUCAGUUGAAGUUUGUUGGUUCACCAGCGUGUAAACAAAGAAAACUAGAGAAGUGGUUUCUAAAGAAAACUAACAUAACUCGUGAACAAUUGACAAUUUGCCGUUUUGUUGACCAAUCUCAACUGAAAAAACUGUUUUGCAGUUCUGAUGUCGUGGUUCUUCCAUCUCGAGUAGAAGGCUUUGGUUUGGUUGCGUUGGAGGCCAUUUCGGCUGAUACUAAUGUGCUUGUGUCAAAACAAGCUGGUAUAUCUCAAGCUCUCCAAAAGGUGGAGGGCGCAAAUUGUGUCAUUGUUGAAUCACAUGAUGAUCCAAACGAAUGGGCCAACAAAAUCCGGCAGCUGUCAAAUCAGACAGUUCAGGAAAGACGGGAAAAAGCAAUUUGUCUCCGGGAGAACUACGCGAAGACGUAUUCUUCACAAGAAGAAUGCCAGAAACUCUUGUCUUUGAUUGAGACCUUGGUGAAUAGAGGUAUGUGGACAUUAUAUCACCAUCAAAUCUCACAUGUUCUCUUUCCCAACAAGGUUUCCAGCCUCAUCCUCAGUAACCUGCAAAUGUUAGUUUGCACUUCGUUUGCCUUGCCACCAGAAUUUACUUUGCCCAGUAACAUGAAGAGCUCUCCUUCAGACCAAAUGAUUGACAAUUCAGUUUUCUACACACCUUUCUUAGGAGAGAAGUGGGGGAGGGUUGUGAUGAGAAGUGUGAGUUAAACUUUGUUUUGAGGUUUUCCUGUGCAAAAGGUUCUCAUUCAUCUGUUGCAAAAGGGAAAUAUUUUUUGCUGUGAACACCCCCAUUUUGUUAGUCAAAUUUGUCAGUUUACCAGACAGUUAGCAUUAAUCCAGGGUUAGUUACCAUGACAACUCAUAUGCUAGUUGGGAAGACGCGAAAGUGUAGGGCGCGCAAACCCUCCCCCUCUCCCCAGUUUCCUCCCGUUUUUUUUUUCGCUCUCAAUUCCGCGGGCCCGACUAUCUCGGAGCCUGGAACAGGCUACAUUUCACCCAGGAUUAAUUUGAACAACCUGGCCCAGCAGUCUUCAUCUCUACAUAUUCAACAGACACUUGUAAUUCAAUUAUUUAUACUAGUAGUUUAUUUCAUUACCAUACUCCAACCAACAACAAGGCUAUAACAUUGGAGGAAAAACACAAUGCCUCACUUCACUAUGAUGCAGGGCUUGCACUCAGAAUGUUAUAAUAACAUUGUGAAUUAAUUGACCAGUCAAGUAAUUAAUUGGUAAUUACUUAGUUAUUACUUAGUGCCUUUAACCAAUCACAAAAUGCUCCUGUAGAGUUGUAAAAAAGUUGUCAAACAUGCCCAUCCUUACCAUUCAUUGCAACUGUUUCCUGCUAUUAAAUUGCCUAAAUAUAGCUUUAAACAACAAAACUGCACCAUUAUUUUUGGAAUUCAAUUAAUGCCAGAAAAGUUGGGCAAAGUUUGUCGAGUUUUCAUGCUAUUUAUUAUAGACACGAGUGUUUUACUGGAAAAUUACCACUCGUAAAAUUCAUAAAAACUACAUCCGGGACCCAAGUCGUUUAUUUUCCAUAAUCUCACACAUGAGUUUAUCAAUGACGUAAUUUUGGUAAUUUCCCUCUAUUAUUUUGUCGAUGUCAUUUUGUCUAUAUAAUAAAAAGAACAUUACACGGCGGCUUGAAGAUAUGAAUUUUAUUUUCUCGUGGCAAAAACAAUAUUUUACUCACUUGCUGCGCUCGUUCGUAAAAUAUUAUUCUGUCACGCGAAAAUAAAAUUCAUAUCUUCGCGCCACUGUUUAAUAUCCUCUAGAUAUAUGCUUGCAAAAAAAUUUGCGAACGGUCUGUUUAAGAAGAUAGAAAUUUUUGCGCGACCCUACAGAGCAAAUGUUAGGAUGGACAAUGGACAUGAGAUGUUUUUGACUCUGAUGGUGACUUCCACACAGGUUGUUGAAAUGUCAGUCACUUAAUAAUGAAAUAGGAGCUCUCUUUGAUUACCUUUUUCUUUCUAAUAAGCAUGGCUUUAAACUUAUUGCUUUUUUGUUUACAGGCGACAUCAGUCAACCCUCACAAUCAAACAUGAGCCCCACCCAAAUUCCUCCCCAGCAAAACAGAAAACGAGCACGAGCAGAGGUUGAUGAUCAGAUGAGAAGUUUUCCAAUGCUGGUACAAGCACUUCUUUUUCAAGAUUUUAAUGAGAUUUUUGGCAAGCGCACAAAAAUUGGGAGCCGUUGCUUGAGAUGGGGAGACGUUUCUCUACACAGAAAUCCGCAAACAGGCAGUGAGAGGCUGAUUUUAAAAGGUGGUGAUUCCAGAGCCUAUGGAGGCCAGGGAGAGCACCCAUUGCAACGUAGGGCAGUAAAUUGUUAUAAGAUCUUUGAAGAGAAAAGGCCCUCUGAGGCAAAAAAGCCUGAUUCUUCAUUUUACUUAGCAGUUAAACCUAAUGUGAAGAAUGAAGAUCCUGUGUGGUACAUGAACAAACCACAAGCAGUGAACAAAAUUGGUAAAUGCCAAAUUACCAACAAUAAAUCAGCAAAGCGUCCUCGUCUUUAA